UCCAACCGUGCGCGUCAAGCUUUCAUCCAACUCAGUAACGAGUCACCGACUCAACAACACACAGACUGAGUCACCGAGUCAACAAUUUAAACAUCAUCAAUCGACACAUUUACAAAACAUUUAGCCCUAAUUUGAUGAACUUUUGCGAUGGAUCCGAACGCAGUGGUGCUGGAAAUAAGUUCGGAUGAUGAUGAGAAGGAGACUAACGGUGGAUUGAAGUCGUCGAGAGUUGACUUGGAUGACGAUGACUGUGUGGUUCUUGAUAAAGAUCCGAAUGCGUCUGCAGAAGUUAAGAAUGGCGGUUUGGGUAAUCGUGAUGAUGAUGAUGAGAUUGUUGUUGUUAGUGAGAAAGGGCAGGUUGCGUGUCGAGAUUAUCCUCAUUCAAGGCACCUCUGUAUCAAAUUCCCAUUCUCCACUACCCCAAAUCAAAGCCACUGUAACCAGUGCUAUUGUUAUGUUUGUGACUCACUUGCUCCAUGUGUCUUUUGGGGCAAUGGCAGUUCAAGUGCUGACCAUUGUCGCGCUACUGAUAAAGACGAGUUUUGGAAACGCGAGAGAAAAAACGUCAAAAACGGUGGUAAUGGUAAACCUGCCCAACCCGUAAGUCAACUGUCCCCGGUUGACCUUUACACACCAGCACCGGUGAUGGUACUUCAACCCGCAAAUCAGAUUCCAAAAACGGGCCCGAUUCAUGCAAACCUCACGGCGGCUAACUUUCAAUCUGCAGAUAUCCUUAGUCAGUACAGACACAGCAUACUUGCGUCGAGAAACAAAUUACAUCCGAAUUUGGCAUCUCAACUUGCGCAUAGGGUUCAGCAGAGGCAUAACUUAGGCUCUAGGGUUCCGGUUCAACGGCCCGUAUUCAAAAGAACCAAUCCAGUUAGGGGUGCGAUAUCGGACAACCAAAACCCGUACGACCCGUACAGGGGCAAUAUUAGAAAUCGCAUUAGGCAGCAAAAUUAUCGAGUCAGUAGAAUGCUUUCCGGGUCGAGUGAAUAUUUAGGUUCUUUACAACCGAAUGCAGUCAACGCGUCUGUUCCAUAUCCUCCUCAAAGUCAAACCUAUACAUCUUCAACUGUAAAUCAACACCAGCCUCAAUUCUCCUAUCACUCAAACCCUAACUUUCAGUCUCGUGUAAAUUCCAACCCGAUUCCUGAAAACCCGCUUUACAACCAACUCCGUAAUGAUCCUGUUCCACCGUCUUCACGACCGCAACCAGCGUCCAGUCAGCAGACUUAUAUGGCGCCAGGUCAGCAAAGCUAUCAUGUUCCUUCCAAAACCCAAGUGGAUAGCCCGUUAGUCCCGGUUUCGGAUAUUACCCAGAAUGCUUUACAAGGAAAUAAAUCUCAGGGUUGUAUAGUGGAUUCGGGUUUUAAAGAUUACGGGUUGGAUUUGCCUACGGGUCAAGAUUCUGCGACACUUGGAGGUGCGGGGUCUGCUGCAAACGAGUCAACACUGACGGCAGUCUCUAGCGGCUUAGCGGACUAUCAGUUUGAUGAUUGGCUUUUUGAUAACCAGCCUAUUGAAACAGGGUUCACAGACUACUCAUCUGAUUCGGCUUUUAUAGACACAGGUCCGAUCUUCCAGUUUUAAGGCUUACAUUUCUAAUUCCUUUUUUUUUUUUUGUUAGAAAUGAUCGUUAGCAUUCGACAUUAAUGCUUUUUUUCAUAGUAGUUUAGUUUUUUUUUAUUUUUGGGGUUUAUUUUAAGUAGAAUUUUUAUGUAUUAAACUUGGUUGUCUUUUAUGUAACUAGCAAUUUCCGUCGAUC